CAAACCAGUCUCAAAAUGUCUGCGCCCAUGGUUCGUUGUUGAAGUAUACUUUAUAUUUAAGUAAUAAAGAACUUCUGUGGAAAUUGACAGUGAUGGCAGGGUUAGUUACACACAAGACCCUCUUUGUACUAGACCACAGUCCAGACUUCUUGAAGUCAUGCAACCAGAGCACAGAGUAUGACCUCUUGGCAAAAGGGAAGACUCCAGGGAUCAUCCCUGCAGCCCCAAUAUACAAGAGUCUAUGGACAUGCUCUGUAGAGGCAAUGAUGGAGUACAUCAGGAUUGUGUAUGAUGUAUUUCCUUUAAAUAAUCUGAUAUCAGUCAUAACUGGUUCACAAACUUUAAAUGGCUGGGAUGAAAAAGAUCAGAACAUGGUGCAGAUAAUGAAUAUGCUGGCAUCAAUUGGUCCACCCUCCAAGUCAGAUGAGUAUAACAUUGUGAAUGGUCUCACCCAGGCAAUUGAAGAGCUGUGUAAGCCGACUCCCCUGCAGCAGAAAGUGCUUGCUUCUGAUGAGGUGGAAACAGUCGAGAAUAAAGGGAGAAUAAUAUGUCUGCUGCAUGGAAAAAGUGAUGGCCAGAUGCGUAUGCUGGAGGAGUGUGUCAGUGGAGCCAUCGAGCAGCACAACGCACUCGCAGCCGAGACAGACAGUUUGCUACCAGUGACCUUCUGUGACCUUGAGAUUGUACAUUUGGUUCCUGUUGGAGACACCUCGACGAUCAACAAGCAGGCGCCGCACGAGAUCUCCCCAAUGUUGUCGACCACUGUGCACGUGACUGAAUCGGGGCGAGAACAAUAUUACCGCCUCAUCCAGAUGGCCUACAUUCACUAUAACCUGGCAUCCACAACAGUGACCGGAAUCCCUAUGAAGGAGGAGCAGAAUGCCAGUUCGUCAGCCAACUAUGAUGUGGAACUACUGCACCAGGCUGAGGCUCACCAUGAAAUACUCAAGUCAGGAGGACUGGAUGGUCUCAUGAUAUCAUCUAAAGAGGGUCUUCCCAUCAACACGAUAACACUGAAAUGGUGCACUCCGAAAUCAAGUGUUCUGGACCUCCCUGCCUGUACAGGCGCAUACAGAAUCACCCCUGUGGAUGUGAAUAGUCGCCCCUCCUCAUGCCUAACUAACUUCCUUCUUGGUGGAAGGGCAGUAAUGCUGGAGCAACCCAGGAAGACAGGUAUAAAAGUGACCUCCCAUAUGUUGACAAGCCACGGUGGAGAGAUAUUCAUCCACACUAUCCCGACAGGCCGGUCCAUAUUGGAGGAUCCCCCCUCCAUCAGUGAGGGGCCCGGAGGCAGAGUGACAGACUAUAGAAUACCGGAUUUCCGUGAGUUUAUGAAGGAGAACCGACUGGCACCAGCGUCCCCAGCAGUGGCUGAGCUGGCCCCACAACUACCAAUACAGAGAGCAAUACAUCAUGUAGAGCGGACCAGCAGGUUCUGGCCGAUGGUGAUCAGCGAGAGCCUCAUAUUCAACAUGGCGUCACAUAUCGACCCCCUGCCUACACUGCUCAUCAAGGAGCGCCUGACAGAGGAGGAUGUGAUAGAAUGUCGGAAGGCCAUCUUCUAUGUGGUUGGUAUGGAGAGUAGAAAUGAACCCCUCCCCGUCAACCUGGCCGGCACUCGCGCCAAGGGAAACAAGAGAGAGCAGCAGUACUCUCAGAUGUGGCAGGAGUUGGAGACACUGGUGUCCGCCCACGCCGGCACCUCUGAAAACCACAAGCGUGUGUUGGAGUGUCUCCUGGAGUGCAAGAAACCAUCAGAUGAUAAACGUCGCCUUGACAAGUCCGGGCAGGCCAAGGAGGAGAUCAGUGAGGCAGAAUCAGCAUGGAAAGACCUUGACAAGUUCCAGAAGAUGACAGAACAUGAGAAGAAGGAGAUGAACAAGCCAGAAAUCAGUGUGGACGAUGCUGGACCUCCCUUCAAGAGGCUGAGACCCGGAUUCACAGAACCCCUGGUGAAAACUGCAGGCAAGCAAAACCUGUUGUCCAUGUGGACUAAUCGGAUUAAGAGUGUUCACUCAAAUCGCCAUGAGGAGUUUAUAGGCCGACAGGAGAACAAGGGCACCAUAGCCGAGCUCUACAGACACAUGUUCGAGGGGGAUGAGGAGGACAUAGCUAACAGUGGCAAUGUCUGAGAUAGCACCACCUGCCCAGUGUUCGUGGGCCACAGGAAGGGGUAUAGAUGACCCAGGAAGACUGAUCUUACCAUUCAACAAACUGGAAGUGACAUGACAUUCUGGUGUUAAUUCACUACAGAAGCACAUAUUGUGUUGAAGGUGUAUAAAACCUGCCGUAGACAUUUGACCCCAUGUCAUUACCGUGAUGAUGAUAGUGUACAGACUUCAGCUACAUAGAUAAGCCAGUGUAACAGAACUGAAGGGUUUAGCUUUUUCAGUGCUUUGAUAUGAUUGAACGAUUUUAGCCAUGUCAAAAUGAAUAACAAGGCAAUUAACAUGAUGCUGGUUAUCAUUUGUUGGUUCAGUUGACCUAUAAAGGGAUUAUAAAUGUCAAUAAAAUAAAAAAAACUAAUCCAGUGGAUUACUCACACGACCUCUGACAUGUGACUGAGCAGAGCUAAGCUCCCAUUGGCAUGGGGUUGUAUUAGGUCACUGCAGAAGCUUUAAGGAGAAAAGGAUGUUUACAAUGUAUUGUAUGGACUGACAUUUACUAUUCUCUCUAUGUUUUCAAGUCAAUGUGUGUAUACAAGUUUGACAAAAUUUAAUCAAUUGCCUACAUUGUUUAUUUUUGUAUCUUUCUGUUUCUUAUAAACUCAUUGUUUACUUUAUAGAACAGGCAAAUAUUGAUAUUACAGAAAAAAUGUAUAUGUAUAGUUCUUAACCCUGUAAUUAAAUUCAGAAAUAAACGUUGGCGUGCUGA